AUGUCUAAUGUUGACGAAGACGUUGGGCAUACCGUGGUGCACUUCUUAUACACAGGCGGCUACGAGACGGUCAGCUCGCCUCUUGACGAAGGCACAUCAGAUCUUGCCAGAGAAUACAAGAGAAGCGCUCUAGUAUACCAUGCGUCAAGGAACUGGGGCCUUACUGGUCUUGAAACCCUUGCUCAGCAAAAGAUGCAGCACUUAGAUGAGGAGGUUCCUGUUCUUGAAAUACUGCGGGUCAUGAGGGACGUGUUUUCAAGCCUCCCCGCAGGUGAAACCUGGCUUCCAGGUUACAUUCAUGGGAACCUGCAGCGAUUACUAAAGCCUGAAGAUCCAGAGCUUGGUUUACGCGAGUUUUACAAUAUUCUCGGCCAGGACCAUCAGUUUGAUAAUGCAGUGAUGAAAAUGAUUCUCGAGAUACUAUCUAUUCGCUUAUUUUCUAUGAACGAUCAGUAUGUGAAGAUACCGAACGGCAUCAUCUCAAAUAACUCUCCUCUUCAAGGACCUGUCCUGGAAGAGCCUGAGCCUGUCCCCGAAGACCCUGAGCCUGUGUCGGAAGAGCCUGAGCCUGUCCCCGAAGACCCUGAGCCUGUGUCGGAAGACCCUGAGCCUGUCCUGGAAGACCCUGAGCCUGUGUCGGAAGACCCUGAGCCUGUCCCGGAAGAGCCUGAGCCUGUCCUGGAAGACCCUGAGUCUGUCCCCGAAGAGCUCCCUGCUGAAAAAGAUAGCGAGCAGUGGACCAUUUCCCGAGUGCCUGAUGAUGCUGACGGCUGGUCGCGCGCUUCCUUGUUACCCAGAGAUACGCCUAAUGCCGAAAAAUUUCAAGAGGCUCCUGAUCAAGGCCACAUAGCAAGGAUCUCAUGCUCGGACUUAACUCUGUAUGAAAAAUGGGAACGCCUGUCUUCGAAGACAAGAGCUAAAAGGGCUAGCAAGCUUGUGUCCAGGGGACUUCCUGUCCCAAGCGAGACGGGUUUCAUUUCAAUAGUUGCAACUUGA